GCGGUGUAGAAUGCACCUCCUCGCCUUCUCUCAGGGCGCAUGCGCUCUCAGUCUCCGCCCACUCAGCCCCUGAGGUCGGUGUGUUGGAGAAGGAGGCCGAUAACUUGCAGCUAAAACUCCUGAUCAGGUUAUACCUCCAGAGACGACAACAGAAAGGGACAGAACAUGGUGUUGAAUCCAGUCAUAUCCAAACUGAGUGGUAAACUUGUUGUACUGGCAAGUGCAUCUCCAAGGAGGCUGGAGAUUUUGACCAACAUAGGCUUACGGUUUGAAGUAGUGCCUUCAUGGUUCAAAGAAACUUUGGAUAAAACCUUGUUUAAAGCACCCUAUGAAUAUGCAGUGGAGACAGCAAAGCAAAAGGCUUUGGAGGUGGCCCAAAGAAUGCCCUUUAAACACCUGAAAACUCCAGAUAUUGUGAUCGGAGCAGACACUGUUGUGACAGUGGAUGGAAUGAUCCUGGAGAAGCCUGUUGAUAAACAAGAUGCCUACCGAAUGCUGUCCAGACUGAGUGGAAAAGAACACAGUGUGUAUACAGGAGUGGCCAUAGUCCUGUGUCAUGAAAGACAGAAGGGAGGUACAGAACUUAAGGUGGUAGACUUCUAUGAGGAGACUAAGGUAAAGUUUGCAGAGCUGUCUGAGGAGAUGCUAUGGGAAUACAUCAACAGUGGAGAACCCAUGGACAAGGCUGGUGGUUAUGGGAUCCAGGCUUUGGGUGGCAUGCUGGUGGAGUAUGUGAAGGGAGAUUUUCUUAAUGUGGUGGGCUUCCCCCUCAAUCACUUCUGCAAACAGCUGGGAAUGAUUUACAACAGCCCGCCCGAGAGCCCUGCUCACAAGAUGAAGCGAGAGGACUCUGUAGGAACCAACAGGCCCUGGGCCCUCAUUAACAGCCUGUCCAAAGUCACUGAGAAUGGGGAGGUCAGCAACUUCAACAGCUCAGACUCAGCUGGCCAAACGGCAGUUCCAGAGCAGAACGUGGUGGGGCCUGAGUGUGCGAAGUGCAACAAUGAGGGCUUCCCCCACAAGAUACUGGAUCUGCUGGAUGGAUUCAAAGCAUCAAAGACAUUGUUUACAGCGUGUAAGCUGGGGGUGUUUGAUGUUCUGAGUGACUCUGAAGGCCUAACAGUGGAGGAAGUAGCUGACCAAAUCAAAGCUUCAGUGCUGGGCACUGAGCGGUUGCUAGAAGCUGCUGUCUCCUUAGAGCUUCUACACAAGCGCAAAGUUGAAGAUAACAUUGUGUACAGGAACACAGAACAGGCCAGUCGGUUCCUGGUAUCAGACAGCCCUCUGUCUCUGCAUGGUUACAUCCUGCACUGCAAUGACCUGGUUUGGCCCCUGUUCACCCACCUAGAGAGCGCUGUCAGAGAGGGGACCAAUCAGUAUGAGAGGGCUUUUGGGAAGAAGACUGAAAACAUUUUUCAGGAUGGCUACUUCAAAAAGGAUGAUGUUAAGAUGCGAUUCAUGAAUGCAAUGCACAGCAUUGCGAAGGUGACUGGAAAAGAUGUGGCCACAGCAUUUGAUUUGUCAAGCUUUAAAACAGCCUGUGAUGUUGGAGGCUGUACUGGUGCCAUGGCAUAUGAGUUCACCAGAGCCCAUCCUGGAAUGUCUGUAGUAGUUUUUGAUUUGCCACCAGUUAUUGAAAUGAGAAGUCACUUCCAACCUAAAGAACAGGAUGACAGAGUGUCAUUUAUUGCAGGAGAUUUCUUCAAAGAUGAGCUACCCAAAGCAGACCUGUAUAUUCUCGCUCGGAUUCUCCAUGAUUGGUCUGAUGACAAAGUACAUGAGCUGUUAAGUAAACUCUCCAAGGCAUGCACUCCAGGCUGUGGGCUGCUGGUCUCAGAGAUCUUCCUGGACAAGGAAAGGAGCAGGCCGAGCAGAGCGCUGCUCCAGGCCCUCAGCAUGACAGAAGGGCGGCAGAGGAGCGGUGCAGAGUACAGCGAUUUACUGACGAAGCACGGCUUCACUCCUGUACAAACCCAAUACACAGAUAACCUGCUGGACGCCAUGCUUUUUGUAAAAGAGGACACAAAUGUUGAUAAAACUUUGCAAGUUUCAUCCUCUGAGUCUGUUGUGAUUGCCUGAAAUGCUAGUUUUGAGCUUUUUCAACUGACUAGACAUCAGCUUUAAUUGUACAGGACAUAAUUAUCGUCAAUGAAAUGUCUUAAAUGUGCACUACUUCGACUAUUUUGACAGUCUUAUGUUGUCUGUAAAAUUAUCAUUAACCUCUGUGAGAGGUAUAUUGCUUGAUUUGUUCUAAUUGAAUAAAUGGCAUUGUUACUGAAAAA